CUGGUGGUAUUAAAGCAAUGUCGCAGGCUUAUGACGUCCUCUUUACCAGCUGCCCGAGAGGAGGUUUUGGACUUUAAGUCAAACAUCCAUCUUAAAUCAACAAUGGCCGAGGAAGGCGUUGCUGCUGGAGGUGUCAUGGAUGUCAACACCGCUCUCCCUGAAGUGCUCAAGACCUCCCUGAUCCACGAUGGCCUUGCCCGUGGUAUCCGUGAGGCCACAAAGGCCCUGGACAAGCGUCAGGCUCAUCUCUGCGCUCUGGCUGCCAACUGCGAUGAGCCCAUGUACGUCAAGCUGGUGGAGGCCCUCUGUGCUGAGCAUCAGAUCAACCUGAUAAAGGUUGAUGACAACAAGAAGCUCGGCGAGUGGGUUGGUCUGUGCAAAAUCGACCGUGAGGGCAAACCCCGCAAGGUGGUGGGCUGCAGCUGCGUUGUCGUCAAGGACUACGGCAAGGAAUCUCAAGCCAAGGAUGUAAUUGAGGAAUACUUCAAAGCCAAGAAAUGAGAUGUGAAUAAAAAGUGGAAAUGAA